AUGGCCAACUCACCAGAGAAGGUCCGAACCAGUCCCGAAUCACACGAAAAGUCCAACGGAUGUCUCGAUCAUAAGAUCUUACAAGCAGGAACCCACACCUAUUCGGAUCUCAACCAAGAGUCAAUCCCUCUUCGAACUCAACCAACCACCAACAGUUCCAGCGAUGGAAACCGAACUGUCUCUGAGCCACCUGUGACUAGCCCAUCCGAGAUACAUGGAAAUACCAGCCAUGACAGGGACAAUGAUUCAACUCUCGAAGGGGACUAUGGCGAAGUCACCAAUCUCCCAUCCCCAGUAGACAUGGCCAAGAAGAAGAAGAAAAAGAAGAAGAGCAAACCAGCAAGCCAGCGCGGCAAUGACAAACCAACCGGAUUCGAAGAUUUCUUCGCCGACGCACCCUUGACUCCAGAUCAACAUGCCGAGGAAAGAGAGCUCUAUGAUCCAGAGCUUCACUUCAUUGACCGCAUUCUGACCGCCAUCGGCCGCUUCGAACGCACCCGCAAGAUGACUCCUGAACGCCGUGACGUUCUCUUCAAAUACCUCAGCUACGGCGGGGUUGAGUGCGGUCCCAACAUGUUUCAGGGCGACCAGGACCUCGCUCAGAUGGACAAGACGACAAUCGCAAAUAUUCUGAGCAACGCAUCUAUUACAGAGGAGAAGCGCAACCUAGGAACCGAGACCAGUACCUACGUCGUAGACUUUCUGGGCUGUAUGAAAGGAUUUCUCUCCCGCCGAGCUGCACGUCUGUACGGCUUAGAUGAACGCGCCAAACUUGACAUGGUAACCAGUACUUUAGAACGAUUCAUGAACUAUCUCCUGCAACACGACGUAUGCCCAGAAUACGGUGCAGAAAUCCUCGAGACACGUAACUUCUGUCGCUAUGAUGCCAACGCAGAGCUUUGGAAUGUUGCGGAAGCGACACGGCGUUUGCCUGGAGACUUCAAUACAGCCUGCUCGACUCUUUUCGGCGGACAAUAUGCUGAAAACUAUGACGGUGACACAUGGUGGGGACCCGAGCACAUUACAGACAGCGUCUUUGUGGGCAUCAAGCCCGAAGAAGCCCACCAGAUCCUCCAUUUCGGCGUUGCGGGUGCCGCGACGGAGGACGUGUUCGCCCUCUACCUCGAGGCCGUCAACGGUGCGACGACACUAGAGGUCGUGUCCGUGAAGGAACGCACAGGGUUGGAAAUCACACGUGUCGAGCCGCCCACCUUGGAGUGCACGGAACUCUACACCCACAAUUCCAGCCACUUCCGACCGGUUGGCCGCGUUUAUGCGAAGCCGUGGAAGAACCCAGAUGCACCACCAGAAGACCUGACAGACGAGGAGAAACUCGAGGAACACGAGAAUAAGAGCACAGGCGGAAAGCCUGAAGAGGAGAAAGAAUAUCUCUUCUUCAUCGAAUCCAUUAUUCAAGAGGACCUGCGCGUUGGCAUGAAGCUAGAAGCAACGGUGCGGACUCUGAACUGCGGACUCAUGUUCUUCGAUGAAUUCUUGACCCUGUAUCCCAGCUUCGACGCGUACUUGCCGAACGAGGCCAUGGUAGGCUGGAAAAAGCCGAGACCACUGAAGGGCGCAUUUGACUAUGUCGAAGGGGAGGAGGAUGUCGAAGAUUGCGACGAUGGAGGUGCAAGUAUUGGCGAGAAUGCAGCAAACGAUGUGGCACAACAUGUGAACAGAGAGACUGGGACCAACGGGGAUGCCUCACCCUAA